GUAUCACACAGCAUUGCCGUCAGCCUCGUUCUUCCACUGGUUUCCAUUUUCUUUCUUAUCUUAUGUUUUUGGCCGUUUGUCUUCACAUUGACCGCAAGGAUUACCGUCAAGCCGGCUCUGCUCGUGUGCUUCCUCAGUGGGUCUUUGAUUUUCUCUCAUGCGUUUUUCUCAGCUCUGUGUUUUUAUCCAUUGAAACAUGCCCCGCUCAUUUUUGGUGAAGAAGAUCAAGCUUGAUGAUUUCUCUUCGUCCAAUGUGGCCACCUCCAAUCAUCAUCACCACCUGGACGACUCGUUCACUUUUGCACGCUCCAUCACAGACUCGGUGACCAGCCUUGGGGUUCGUCUCAGUGAGAAUGGCUACAUCCAGGAUUACAUCACGCCAUCUGUAUACCAGGGGGAGAAGAAGAUGGAGCACAAGCUGGCCUCGCCGGUGUCGGAUCCCCUCUACACCCAGGUGAGCAGCGGAGGGGAGUACUGUGACCCCGACCUGAAGCACCCCGACAGCCCGCAGUCUGGCAUGACAGCCAGCGGCUUCUACAGUGGUGAAUCGGAGGCCCUGGCCGAGGGUUACACCAUGGAUGCCUUCUUCAUCUCUGACGGGCGCUCGAGGCGGAAGGGAGACAGCGAGAGUCACGAAGGGGGUUCGAGAAGCAGCAGUGCCAACGCCGCGGCUCAGGAGAGGGGGGGAGCCGGCACGCCUCGCCACACCUGCAACGAGUGCGGCAAGACAUACGCCACCUCCUCCAACCUCAGCAGACACAAGCAGACGCACCGCAGCCUGGACAGCAAGAUGGCCCGCAAGUGUCCCACCUGUAAUAAAGUGUACGUGUCCAUGCCGGCGUUGGCCAUGCACAUCCUCACCCACGACCUCAAGCACAAGUGCGACGUGUGCAGCAAGGCCUUCAGCCGGCCGUGGCUCCUUCAAGGUCACAUGCGCUCACACACGGGGGAAAAGCCCUUUGCCUGCGCCCACUGUGGCAAAGCCUUUGCUGACCGUUCAAACCUCCGCGCCCACAUGCAAACACACUCUGCCUUCAAGCACUACAGAUGCAAGCGCUGCAAUAAGACCUUCGCUCUCAAGUCCUACCUGAACAAGCACUAUGAGUCAGCUUGCUUCAAGGGCUCUGCAGACGAAGACGACUCUGGAUCAGAAAACUAACCACGAGGAAGAAGCAAAAUUUUGAACCCCUGUUGUAGGUUCACAACCAAUAACCCUGUUCACUCUGCCCUCCAUGCCUUUUUUCUUCCCUUUUUUUAGAAAGCAAUAUUUUCACUGAGAUUACGUGAAGAAAACUCUAAUGAUUAUGGCAAAGACAAUUUCAAAAGAUGCUGGAUUUCUUCCCUGCACAGUAGCUAAUCGUCCACAGAAACAUACAAUCAAACAACCUUCCCCCAAAUAGAAACUGUAGAUGAUAGUUGUACACAAUUAAGUAACAUGUUGCUCGCGAGGAUGCGGGCAACAUGUAAACACACACACACAUACAC